UAUCCAAUGUAUCUCCCACACCCCGCGCUUUCCUAGAACAACACUCACCGGUGUCGACAACUGAAAACAACGUUACCGAACAUAGCACUAGACACGUAGUAGUAACCACCGUGUCCGUGUCCCACACCCUUGUACCUUCUUCAACUCUUCCCUCUCCAUCAAACACUUUCUCUCCUCUCCAUUCUCAAUCUCCCAAAUCUCUCUCUCAUGGCAUCAGUUUCGCGUGUUGCGCACUGCAACCUCCGGCAGGCAAAACCCGCGGCGGCUCGACCGAGAAACCAGCCCGGUCCGGUUCAGCUCUCGAUCCCCCGGGCCAAACCGGUGGAAUCCGAUCAAACCGGAAACUCAAACAUCGUCCUGCAACCGCGCCUCUGCACUCUCAGAUCCUACGGUCCCGAUCGAGUCAUCAACAAGAACGCCAUCAACCUCGCCGAUGACGUGUCACCGUUCUUCGCCACGCUCUCCGACUACAUCGAAAGCUCCAAGAAGAGCCAGGAUUUCGAAAUCAUCUCCGGUCGACUCGCCAUGAUGGUGUUUGCGGCGACGGUGACGGUGGAGAUCGUGACGGGGAGCUCGGUGUUUAGGAAGAUGGACGUGGCGGGGAUUGCGGAGGCCGGUGGGGUGUGUUUGGCUGCGGUGACUCUGGCGGCGGUUUUUGCUUGGUUUUCGAGUGCCCGAAACAGAGUUGGUAGCAUCUUCAAUUUGAGCUACAAUGCCUUCAUUGAUUCCCUCAUUGACCAAAUCGUUGAUGGUUUGUUCUAUGAAAGUGAACCUAGUGAUUGGUCUGAUGAACUCUGAAGUGAAGCCAAUGCCAUUGCUAAUGUUCGGAAAUCUUUCUAUAAUUGAUUUUAAAGUCGUGAUCAACUAUGUGGAAGGUUAUGUGUGUAGCUUCCGACUCGAGAUUCGAGAUUCUGAGGAAAUAGAAGCUGAUCUAGAUAUGCUAUAUGUAUUAGAAGAAAAUUAGAUACACUUAGGGGGGAUGUGAGUGAAGUGAAAAGUCUAUUGUAUAUGGAAGUUGAAUAUUUGAGAGUUGAAACAAACUUGGGUCAUCCAUUUGUAUGAACAAGAAGAAGAUCCAAUGUUGUAAUUUUUAUAUAAGACAUUGUAUUGUAUGUCAUGGCUUAAAGCAGUUUAAUAUUUAAUGUUGAA